AUCGUGCGAACGUCGGACAAAACUUAUGCGUUUUGUAUUGAAACGGGAGGAAGAGGAUCGAAGAGUCGGACGAGCUCCUUUCCCCGGUGCAGAUACAUCUGACAGUUGGAGGAUUCUGAACCGUCGGUUGUCCGGAGGCGGGAGAAUAGGCGGAGCUUUCAAAGAGCACGAUUUUCUCGUUUUGAUCCCAGCCUCCCCAUCCCCGGUUUCUACCCCCAGGCAACAAUGCGUACGAUCCCCAUGGUGCGCCUCGCCCGGGUCCAGGAGGAGAAAACUCGAAGAAUGGGAUGCGGUGGUGGGGAUCCCUGAAUACGUUCAUCCGAGCUGAAAUCGAAAUAUCAGUCUUUGCCGAGCCACGCUCAACGUCGUAUCGGUCGAUCGCAUUUUCGAUUGAUACGAGACGCAGUACGUAACGUGUUAUCCAUUUCAUACCGCCGUCAAGAGAGGUCCUCUUCUUGCGGCGGUCGCUGCGGACCGCGUGCUCCAAUUCUUACGCGUAUUCCCGCAAAGCUCGCGUUUCACAUGGUGUUACCCUGACCAUUAUUCUUCUGUGAAGAGGAAACUGAAAGACCGUUCCACGUUCGUCACGAUGUGUAUUUGACGUUGUCCGUUGUGCUGGAAUUCGAUAAUCAAAUGCGAUUGUUGAUCAACCGAUUAAUGGAAAUAAAUUGUACGUUUCUCGUGGCGUGCGUAUGUCAGAGAAAUACGACAGAUCUCACUCCGCUCAACUCUCUACGAUUCAUCUCCGCCGGAUUCGAUCGUCGGCGACUUCGGGAUUCUUGGAUUUAAAAAUGAAGACGGAAAUAGAAACAGACCCGGAGUCUACGGACGCGACUUUCUGCACCGCGGCGACUCUGAAGAACAACAACAACAACAACAACAACAACAUCAACAAUAAUAAUAACAGCAACAUCAAUAACAACAACAGCAACAGCAACAACAAUACCAAUAACAAUAUAAACAACAACGGCGACAAUGAUCCGAUGGACAUGGAAAUGGACAGGCUAAUGGAGUGCGGGGGAUGCGGCGACAGGGUUCGAGAGCGGACCGUCCUUUGCGUGGGAGGACGAACUUGGCACUCGAGGUGUCUCAGGUGCUGUGCCUGCGCCCGACCCCUUCACGACCAACACUCCUGCUUUCUCAGGGGCAUGCGACUCUACUGCCGGCACGACUACGCCAUGGCUUUCGGGGCGAAAUGUGCGAAAUGCGGGCGGAGCGUGGGCGCCGGCGACUGGGUGCGGAGGGCGAGAGAGCGCGUUUAUCACCUGGCUUGUUUCGCCUGCGACGCUUGUUCGCGACAACUUUCGACCGGCGAACAAUUCGCACUGUUGGACGCGCGGUUGCUCUGCAAAGCGCACUACCUAGACGUAGUCGAGGGAAAUAACACGUCGUCGUCAGAAGACGGUGAUUCCGAAGGUGGAAAAGCAAACAAGGCGAAAAGGGUGAGAACGACGUUCACGGAGGAACAGUUGUCGGUUCUUCAGGCUAAUUUUCAACUGGACAGUAACCCCGAUGGUCAAGACUUGGAGAGGAUAGCCCACGUCACCGGACUCAGCAAAAGGGUUACGCAAGUUUGGUUUCAGAAUUCGCGGGCAAGGCAGAAGAAACACUGCAGCGGAAAGGUCAAAACCCAAAUGCACCAUUCGCCCCCGCUUCAGCACCACCCCGGUGACCUUUACGGGGGUGUAGGAGUCGUUCAAGGAGUGCAGGGCGCCUACCUUCAAGGAACUUAUCAGAGCAGUAGCGUAGGAAGUGAGAGUCCAGGUAGUCCAAUGACCCCGAUGACCCCGUCGACGCCGACCCUGAUGCAGCCCCAAUUUUGCCAUCAGAGUGGGGCGACCUACUUCUGUUGCAGAUAAUUCUACUCAAACAGGAAAUCUUCAUGGGGUUAGAGGCGGCUGAUAACGUGAUCCGAAUUACGAUGUCAAUAAUCAUACGUUGGUUCGUCGCGUCAAAUUGUACAAAGUAAGCUCCGCUUAGGCUAUCACCGUUAUUAUCAUUGUCAUUAUUGUUAUUUUAAAAAAAUAUCGACUUUUGUAAAUAUACAGAUAGGAUUUCACAUUUUUUAUAUAUUAUUUAUUUCAUAUAAUUGUCGGUGUCAUUUUUUUUUCUUUUAACUGUGUAUGAUCUAUCAAUUAUCUACGUGUUUUUCAAUUCAUUCCCGCGUCAAUUCAUUAGAAGCACCCAUAGAAAUAAACCGACUGGAUUUACGUACUCUCAAAGAAAUGAACUCUUCUAUAUAUUUGAAGUAGAACCGAUGCUGAAUUCAAAUUAACUAAUCAAUUACUUAUUCAAGUAAUUAGUUAAUUAAUUAAACUCGGACGUGUGUGAGAAAAAUUUCCAAGUGUUAAACAUACCCAAUAUACGCGUUGCACUCUAUAGGUAUUAAAUUAAAUUAUAUACCAUAUUGUAAAUCUAUAUCAUUAAUAUUAAUUAUUAAAAAACAUGAACUAAUCGUACUGUUAAUAAAGUGUCAUUUAUAUAUCUGUUCAUA